GAGUUUUCGAGCAGACAUAUAGGUCGCACCAGCUUGAUUAUCUAUUUUUGAUGAAAGAAACCAACACCGUGAUUGGCGAAUAAAAAGAAGCAUUACCUUAUUGACUUCUUUUCUGGAGUGCUUAAAAGCACCAAUAUCACUUCCACGCGAUAUUGUUUCUCGUUCUUCAGAUGAGACCGUAAUGAUAAAUAAUCUCGACAUUGGCCUGGAAAUAAGGAAGAUCCGAGGUGGUUCGUUGUUCAACGAUAUCAACGCGCGAAUGAAUAUGAAACUCGACUGUAUGAACCGCGCUAGUCCCAUAUGCAAAUGGAUUAAGCCGCUCAAGUACUUCGUGUAUUCCGCGCAUGACACCACUGUCAAUGCGUUUUUGUCAGUUUUGGAUAUUACAAAGAAAGUCGUUCAGCCCGGCGGCUAUCCACCGUAUACAUCAGCAGUGUUUAUCGAGUUAUGGAUCAAUCACACCAACAACCAGCCGUAUUUCAAAGUAAAAUCAUGGACAUCUACCGACACUCUCUAUCCAAUCACUCCCUUUAUUGACGCAUGUGGAAAGGCAACCUAUUGCAAAUUGGAAAUCUUCAGACAUUUUGCUGCUUCUACGAAGCCUGACGAGCCAAUAGAGACGGUAAGCAGACAUACUUCGAAACUAACUGCCGUUAUUACUGUGUAG